AUGUCCCCAAGUAAGCUGCCAUGGCGCUGCCCAGUACAGGAAGGCUAUUUCUAUCAUGUAGAAGAAGACUUCUGCUUCAAGUUGGAGACAAGCCGUACAACCUGGUAUGCCGCCGUGAGGGCGUGUGCGGCCACGCCAGGAGGCUUUCUCGCUGAACUCAACACUGAAGUGAAACACCAGGCGGUCCAUGAAGCUGUACAGAGUCUGGAAGAUUACAGGUCCACUGAUUACUACAUCGGGGGCAGUAGGUUUGUGGCUCCCGAUUCCUGGACGUGGAUGAACAAGAUGCCCGUGAAUCAGAGCAACGUUGUACGUACAAUGUCUAACACACAACGCUGUCUAUCCAUGUCCUCGAUAGACGGUCGCUACUCUGGGCUGCGGUGUCUCAAACGGCUGGGCAGAGUGUGUGAAAAACGACCCUCAAUUAAAGAUGCCAAGCAGUGUAUUGACUCCCUGGUGCCAGCCAAGUGUGAUACGAAGGCCAUUGAGGGCCUGUGUGAUUCGGUAAAGUCGGAUACGAAGAGAACAAUGAAAUACAAGUGUAAACGGACAUGCGGCUUCUGUUCCAAAAGAAAUAUACAAAGGGGUCGUUGUAAAGACAAGCUCACCUACGACACGUGUGACUCCAUUAAGAAGAGGAAUCUGUGUCAAAACCCGGCCAAGCGACAGCGAUGCAUGAAGACGUGUGGAAAAUGUCAGGAUGACACCAAGUGUGGCGCGAAUAGCUCCCUGAUGGCGGGUUCCAUCGCCGCGACAGGUGCCCUGGAAAACUCGCCCUGUGUCUACACCAUCAAUAGUAGCUCCAGGAACCAGACCAAACUGUUUAUAUUGACGAUCUUUCGUUUCCCUGCAGCAGACACAAUACUAGUGACGCCUCCCCGCCGGUUCAACGUCACCUACAGUCUCCCCAACACCAACAAAACGGAGAUGUACUCCUACACUGGGAACAGCUUCAACCUCACCCUCGUCUCCAGCACGACGUCUACAGGCACCCGCUUUCUACUCACCUGGGAACCCGCCGGCAGUGCUGAAGCAGGUCUUGAAGAUGACAUGCUCUCGGUCUUCUGCAACUCUUCGGCGAUGUCUGUGAAGUAUAAAGUCAGCGGCGCGUGGCGGGUGUCCUUGGCCGACCCCUCGUGCAGUGUUGGUUUAGUCAACAACACAUAUUCCAUCACAGCAGAGUUCAACACAUGUGACACCAAACGAGCUGAAAAUGCAACAAGGACGUCGUUCAGCAACAAGCUUCUGUUCAUCCUCUCGCACGGCAGGACAUUCAGGAGAUUCAGUCGCAUCCUCAGGUGCCCCUUCCCGCGAUCCCAGCUCGUCUACGAAAGCAUUGGCGUCCUCCAGAACACUCAGCGGCCGCCCACUAACACUACUAUUUGGAUGGACAUUUACAAAGGCAGUGAAAAGAUAUCCGUGUUCCCCGUGAUUGUAGACUACUCCACCGCCUUCACCAUCCUCUUCACGACAUCUCAUCCCACAAUGGCCUCUCAGCUCCAGCCACGUGACUGCUUCAUGGCCCUGUCCAGGGAAGACCGGAGGAGAUUUCCCCUCAUCACUAAUUCAUGUCCGCGCGGAACCGUGAACGUCACGUGGACCCGGAGAGGCAUCCACAUUUUCGUCGCCUCCAUGCAGAAACUGACGUCCGCCACGGAAGCGCACAUAUUCUGUACAGUUGAAAGGUGUAAGCACGCCCCCUGCCGACUGUGCUACCCCCACACACCCUCCAAGACAAAAGUAGUGGAUCUCCAACAAGGACCAUUUAUCAUCACACUGCCUGCGAAAUCAAACUCGACAGGCAUAACACAAUCAGCACCACAUGCUGCCGUGUCUGAUAGCAGUGUAUCCAGCAGCAGGCCUGGAGACUCAGAGGUGCGGUUUGGCGUAAAGGACGGGAAACCAGUCUCCACAGGCGACAGUACUACUGAUGGCUACCAACACCGCUCUGACGUUGAAAACCGUAGUGCAGAGACAGAAGCCAGGGAGCCUCCCCUAAGUGCUACAUCGGACCCACAUUGGACACCGUCUCACCCCAGCGGGGAUCCUUAUACAAGUCAGACACCGUCUCACCCCAGCGGGGGCUCUGAUACAAGUCGGACACCGUCUCACCCCAGCGGGGGCUCUGAUACAAGUCGGACACCGUCUCACCCCAGCGGGGGCUCUGAUACAAGUCGGACACCGUCUCACCCCAGCGGGGGCUCUGAUACAAGUCGGACACCGUCUCACCCCAGCGGGGGCUCUGAUACAAGUCGGACACCGUCUCACCCCAGCGGGGGCUCUGAUACAAGUCGGACACCGUCUCACCCCAGCGGGGACUCACAAGUCCCGAUGGAAAUACCGAUCCCGGGAAGCGAGUCCGGUGUUUUAGAAAUGCCGCCCCAGAAUGAGACGUCCCAUGUCAGUGGCACACUCUCAACAGGGACGGCGGUUGGCGUUGGAGUCGGUGUCGUCAUGGUGUCGGUCAUGGCUAUAACCCUCGCCAUGAUAAAAUACGGGCCAGGUGUCAAAAUCUUCAAACGAAGCAAUGCGAGGAAUCCCCAGACAAAGGCGUAGAUACCCCACGUAAAACAUAUGCACCAGGGAUAGACAGAUCGUUGAUGUCCUCUUUCCCCAGCAGAUGGACUCCAGCCAAAUACACGCAUGCCUCUUUCUAAAUGUUGAAAUAUAGGUUGUUUUCUGUUUCUAAAAUAAUUUUGGUCACUUGGUAAGAUCAAAAUGUCCAGCACGCAUGGCAUCAAACUGACCUUGACAUUGAUCAACUUGAACAUUCCCCAGCAGUCACAUCCUAGUGCUAAGAAUGUGUACCUUCAAUCAUCAGCGUUGCCCUCUGUUCAAGUGUCCCCAUUGAAUAUCUUAUUCAUAUUUAGAGAACGCUAUGUGUGUAUUGUAUCCCUGUAUUUUUUCUAUAUAUUGCCCACACACGAUGACGCUAAAUGCUAAGUUGUACAAAGACUUUUAAGCUAAUAAUAAAAAGGUGUCUUUGUUACAACUUUCUGUGGAAGACUGUGGAGCGUUUCUUAUAUUUGAUGUCAAGCGCGGAGGAACGUCGGACUAUCUACAUCAAGUUACAUCAUACUACUUAACAGCAUCUACACCAAGUUACAUAA